AUGUUAGCCGGAGGGCUUGGUGGUUCAACUGCCGAUUUCUUGAUGCAUAGUAUCGAUACAGUAAAAACUCGACUACAAGGUCAAAAACUAGCCAAACCUCCAAAAUACCAAAAUAUGUUGCACGCUUAUAUCACAAUAGUUAAACAAGAAGGUAUAGCGCAUGGAUUAUAUGGUGGUAUUGCUCCUGCAAUGUUAGGAUCAAUACCAGCCACUACAAUAUAUUUUGGAACAUAUGAGUUUGUGAAACGUAAGAUGAUUGGACUUAAAAUUGGAAUUCCAGAUACAGUUGUGCAUUUAACUGCUGGAUCUAUCGGCGAUAUCAUGGCAUCUAUUGUAUAUGUGCCUUCUGAGGUAUUAAAAACAAGAUUGCAACUACAGGGACGAUAUAAUAAUCCACAUGUUGUUAGUGGAUAUAAUUAUAAAAACACCUGGCACGCUGCGCAGAUGAUAUAUAAAUUGGAAGGGUUUGGUGCAUUUUAUCACGGAUUUAAAGCAACUUUGUUAAGAGAUGUACCAUUCUCAGCAUUACAAUUUGCAUUUUAUGAGAGAUUUAAAUUAUGGGCAAUGUUGUAUAAAAAUAGUAAUAAUUUAAGUUUAGAAUGGGAGAUCACCACAGGAGCUUUUGCAGGCGGAUUAGCGGGAGCAUUAACAACACCAUUGGAUGUAAUGAAAACAUUAUUACAAACACAGAAAAGACCAACGACAAAAGCAGCAAAACAACCUUCGCCUGCACCUUCAAAUGCUUCAAAAUUAACUCAUCAUUAUUAUUCAGGAAUAUGGGAAGGCUUGUUAUGGAAUUAUAAAAAUCAAGGAAUUGGAGGACUAUUCAGGGGGAUUGGACCGCGUGUAGCAUGGACUUCUAUGCAAAGUGGAUUAAUGUUUGUUAUUUAUGAACAAGUUCUUGAAUUACUAGAAAAUGUUGAAAAAAAGAAUAUUAAGAUACAUCAGGACAAUAACAAAACUUUUGAAACAAUUAGAGAUAUUAAAUAG